GAGUGGGGGGGGGGAGAAUGUGCGCGAACUGAUGAUAAUUUUUCACAUUCAUUCAUUCACACGAAUGUGAUGAAAUUCGAUGAAAUUUGUUAUUAAUUAAGCUCUAAUUAAGAUAUUUUAGUAUUAUAAUCGAUAUAGACAGACCAACGACAACAUGGAAGUAAAAAAUCCUCAAGCUGCAAUCCUCUCCAAUUACGAAGUACUUUUUCUGAUCAACGAUGUAAAAUCAGUCAACGUCCCCAGUAAUCAAGAAUCCACCCAGUUAGCUACAGUUUUAUACGAAACUUCCCACUAUCUACAAGAGUUACCGUGCAAUGAACAAGACGAAUCUAAAAUCAACGAGAUGAUGAACCUUUUGAAAGAUUUCAAGCCACCGUUGACGAAACUAGAAAAAUUAAUGAUUUGCAAUAACCCUCCAGAAAGCGUUUUACAAUUUUCGCUGAUCGUCAAAGAUCUCGAAGAAAAAUUGGACGAACCGGAAAUCGAAGCGUGGCUGCAGAAAAUAGACAAUAUCAUGAAAUCGUGACAUGAAACUAAUACCGAAAAGGUUUAUUCACACGGAAACAAUACUAAAACUAGCAAAAUGGUUUAUUUAAUUCAUUGGUAAUCUCUCUCACUCCGGACUAGAUUCUUAGAUCAGUCGUUGCGUAUUAUAACAUCAUAACAACGUUACGGCAAACGUAAGAAUAUUUUAGACAUCUCACGUGAGCCAUCGAAAAUUGUUGCCGUUGAUAUUCGUUCUCUAACAGUGUAUAAAUUGGGUACGGAAUGAGUCGAAGAAUUCUCAGAUGUUUCCCGAAUGUUCUAAUUCCAAGUUUCGUCGCUCUAAAAGAUGAAUCAAAGGAUUAAGAGUAAAAUAACAUCGUUCUUUUUGUGUAAAUAUUUUUUACUGUAAUAUAAUAUUUUUGUGACGUGUUUUA